AUUACAACACUACUAUCCUUCUUCGACUAAAGACGGGCAGAAAACAAAGUUGUAUAUGAAUUUUCUGUCACAGAUAGAACAUAUAUUAUUGUUGAUGUUAAGGAGGACUGCUGAACAUUGAUGCUAAAAUGUCUUUCAGCCUGGAAGAUGUCUCAACUGCUCCUUCAUUCUCAAGCAAACAGAUUCCUUAUUAACAUUUCUUUUUUACUGUUUACAUAUUUUUAUCAGUAAGGUUCUACACAAUAUUUUAACAUGUUUCUAAUAAGAUAUCACAUAUACACACCUCUCCAUGCAGUGGUUCCCCAAGCACACUAGGAUAUGUAAUUGGUGAAUAUCUCAUGUUAGCAACUGCUUCACCGGACGAACUUGCAGUGGCUUGAGGCAGAAGUCGAGGGGUCCCAAAUGUAGGGCAGUAAAGGUGUUGAUCCAACAUUUGCAUAUGCAUAGCCAUCAUAUCUCGCCUCCGAUGGAUCUCCAAAAUGAGAGUGAACAGAGCUUCAUCAUCUGGUAUGUUUUCUAAAAACUGCAACCCACUGCGGAGAAGUUCAUAAAAUGGUAUGUGGCCUUUAUCAUUCUCUACCAGCAACCAAAUAACAUCUAAACAGCUGUGUAGCCACUCAAUUAGGGCCUUAUCUGGUUUCCAAUAUUUCGCACCAUCAAAUUCAUCAACACCAUGUAACUUUUGGUCCCAAUUAAUCAACCAGUUGCUGAAUUUUCCAAUUAGUCUGGGGGUAUUCCUGUAAUUUCAUUAAUUUACAGCUCAACCUUACAAUUGCUGACUCUUUCUGCGGUCGCUGAACACGUGGACUCCCAAUUCCUCAAAGGUAAAAACUCAUUCAACGGAACUUGUUACAAGCAUCCACUUCCAAGUUGAGCAUCUAUUGCCCCAAAAUCCAGCAGACCUCACUUGCUAAUUCAACGAAUUUAGAGAAGUUAGCCUUUUUCGAUUCACAUAUACCACAAAGAGCAGGUUUAUUCCAAUCACUCCAGCAUUUCAUUUUAUUUAUGCUUUCUGUUCUACUUUUUCUUCUUCUGCAAAAAGAUCAGAUCUUUGUGGUUUUGGCUUGAUUAGCAAUAUUUUCUUCAGUUUGGUCUUAAGAUCCGUUUUAGAAAGCUGAAAACAAACUGAGGUUGAGUUCUGAUUUGUUCUUUGUUUUUAUUAAUUUGUUUUGGAUUUUUUAUGUGAAUUCUAAGUUGUCUUCAUUUUUUUCGUGAUGUUCUACUUUCUUUAAAUCUUUAAAAGUUUUUGGGACCAUGGGAGUAAAAUUAAAAAUGGGACCCAAAUAACUAUUAUAACAAUAGAAAUAAUGAGAUUGAAUCCAUGUCCGUUAUAACGAGACCCAAAAAGAGGAAGGAGUGCAGUAGAAGAAGAGUAGCGGAAGUUGCCAUUGCCAUAUCCUCGAUCCCCACAGACCCCUUCUCUCAAAUCACAGAGAUAAGUACUAUUUUUAUAAUUCUGCAGAUUCAGAUUCAGAAAAAUAAAUAAAGAAAAUAAAUAAACAAACGAAUACAAAGCAAAGUCAAAGCGUCAUUCAGAUUCAGAUGGUGUGAUUUGAAGACCAUUCAAUAGUUCUCUUUCUUCAAUCUUAGGUAAUGAAAAUCCUACAGUGUUUUUAUAAAAUAAUUUUCUUAGUUUCUUUUAUUUUGCAUUACCGUUCUUUAUUUAUUAUAUUUAGAUUUUACAGGUUUUUGGAUUAGUGAAAUUGAGUAUAAUGUUAUGUAGAUUUUGGUUAUGUUAAUUAGUAUGACUGUCAAUGUCAAAUACUUAGCUGAUCAGGUUUAAGCUAUUUGGUGAGAUUCAUAGUUAAUGCUUCUGUGUAACUGUGGGCUAAUUAGUGACACCAUUGUUUAGGUUAUACAUUUAGAUGAAUCUUUAUUGUAUUUAGAUUUUACAGGUUUUUGGAUUAGUGAAAUUGAGUAUAAUGUUAUGUAGAUUUUGGUUAUGUUAAUUAGUAUGACUGCCAUUGUCAAAUACUUAGCUGAUCAAGUUUAAGCUAUUUGGUGAGAUUCAUAGUUAAUGUUUCUGUAUAACCGUGGGCUAAUUAAUGACACCAUUGUUUAGGUUAUAGAUUUAGAUGAAUUGGUGAUUUAGGAAGAGAAGGGUGAUACAGUAAUUCUUUUUUUAUUUAUAAAAGGCUGGUCUUUAAAAGACUUAACCCGACGGGUUAUUACAUUCUAUUAUUUAUUAGUAGAAUGAACAAUAAAAUUUGUUACUUAGGGUUUGUUGAUGCCUUUUUUGGUUUGAAUGUUCUAAAUGCAGUUCUUUUGCGGUACCAAGCUUGUGAAAAAAAUGUAUCCCGGGCGAAGAAACAAACGACCAUAUGAACUCUGACAAGAAUGUCAGAAGACGUGAUAUUUAUGGGCAAAUAUCGCCCGAUAAAAAAAAGGCAAUGUUACUACAACGCCGCACCAAAGAACUUAAGCGGCAAAAAUGGAAUAGUUCCAUAAAAUCAAUAGUUGAUCCAGAUGAAAGAGUAAUGUAUCAAUGUCACCCUAUGAUUCGAAAAGAUAGUGUUGUUACCAUACGAGAGACUUCUUUUGCUGAUGACGAAGGUUAGACUGAACUAUUGCGUUUUAUUUACGUUAUGUUAGUGUAGCAACAGACAGAUAAAUAUUCAUAAUUUAUUAAGUAACUAUUUUAUACACAGAGUAGGAUAUCACAUGUUUACUUGCAUAUAUUAAAUGUAAAAUGUGUUUCAUAUUUGUCGCAAUUGGCAACAAGCAUGAUGUUAAUACUUCCUCAAGUUCUUUGGAUAAAGGAAAAAAUAUCGCUCAUGCGUUUUCUGUAUUUGAAAGAGGAUCAACAUCACAUAUAUCUAAGGGACAACAAAAUGUCUUCCCUAUUUCCACACGCAAAGGUUGUACCUUGACCAAAGUAAUCCAUAAGAAAAAUAAUGACAAAGAUACAGAUUAUGUACGAUUAAAACCUGUUCCAAACUGUAAAUUUUGCAAUGCAAAAAGGUUUCAAUAUGAACCUCCUGGAUUUUGUUGUGGCAGCGGGUCAGUUAAGUUAGUUUCAUAUGAACUGCCUAAUGAAUUAUCAGAUUUGUAUAAAGGCAACACUGAAGAAGCUAAGCACUUUCGAACCUACAUUAGAACAUACAACAAUAUGUUUGCCUUUACGUCACUUGGUGUAACCAACGAUAAAGUUUUGGCGAGGAGAUAUCAUGGUAUAUAUACCUUUCGAGUUCAAGGACAAAUAUAUCAUUUUACACCUGAUUUACUUCCUUCUGAUAAAAAAGGAAAGAAUAUGCAGUUAUACUUUUAUGAUAAUGAAAAUGAACUGGUUAACAGAAUAGCUUGUUCAAGAAAUAUCAACGAAUCAAUUGUAAAGAAACUUAUGCAUGUGCUAUCAAUUAAUCCAUAUUCUAUUUUUUUAAAAUUCUUGACAAAUGUCCCGAAACUGUCCGACUGCUAUAUCGCGCUUAAAUGUGAACCAAAGUCAGAUCAACGUGUAUAUAAUCUACCAACUACAAUAGAGGUGGCUGGAAUAUGGGUACAUGAUAAUGCUGCCGAUACUGUUUCUACCCCUCAUAUUUGUAUAUACACACAUAGUGACAAGAUUCAGUCAGUAAAGUAUUAUUAUGGAUGUUAUGACCCAUUACAAUACCCGUUGUUAUUUUCAUACGGUCAAAACGGAUGGCAUUGUGGUAUUAAAAAAAUCACGCGAAGAGAUUAACGUUAUUGUAAACAUGAAGAAUUACCGAAUGUAAAAAAUAUAUGUUCCAUUGAUGGAUUUCUUGAUAUGGAAGCUCAAAUUAUGGAAAAAGGAAAACGGAAAAGAGAGACAGUUUCUUGCCAUGAGUAUUAUUGUUACAAAUUUCAGAUAAGAGAGGAUGACAAAAAUGAAGUCCUACAUUGUGCAAGAUUAUUUCAACAAUUCAUAGUAGAUGUGUUCAUAAAGCUAGAAACACAAAGAUUAGAUUUUUAUUUUUUUAAUCAAGAUUUGUUUUGAAUAGAUAUGCUACAAGGACUUGUUGAUUUUUUAAGACUUGGGGAAACAGAAGCUUCCAAGAUUAGGAAGAAAACAUUCCUCCCUGUUACUUUUAUAGGAGGGUCAAGAGAUAUGCGUCGACGGUAUAUGGAUGCUAUUGCAUUAGUGCAACAUUUUGGGAAACCUGAUAUUUUUUUAACUAUGACAUGCAAUCCGUCUUGGCCAGAAAUAAACAACACUUGUUAUCAAUGGAUGAAACUCAAAAUAGACCUGAUUUAGUAUCACGAGUAUUCAGAGCAAAAGUAGAAGAAUUAAAGGCAGAUAUCUUAAAAAGAAAAAUCUUUGGAAAAGUUGCUGCUUUUAUGUAUACUAUAGAAUUUCAAAAACGUGGUCUUCCACAUACUCAUUUUCUUAUCAUACUUAGUGAUGAAUACAAAUUAUUAACCCCUGAGUCUUAUGAUAAGUUUGUUUGCGCUGAGUUGCCUGAUCGUAAUACCAAAGAGCACCUUUACUCACGCGUGCUUUAGCAUAUGAUGCACGGACCGUGUGGUGAUUUAAAUCCUACAAAUUCAUGUAUGGUAAAAAGAGGGCUUUGUAAAUUUGAUUAUCCAAAAGAUUUUGCUGAGCAAACAUCAAAAGGUAAGAAUUCGUAUCUAAUUUAUAGAAGACGAAACACAGGCGAACUUGUACAUAUAAGGGAACAAUAUCUGGACAAUUCAUGGGUUGUCCCAUACAACCCUUACUUACUUUGUAAGUUUGAUUGUCAUAUGAAUAUUGAAGUUUGUUCUGAUAUUAAAGUUGUAAAAUAUAUUUACAAAUACAUUUGCAAAGGACAUGAUAAAAUUGCCUUUUCUAUACAUAACAAUGAAGAAAUAGAUGAAAUAAAAGAAUAUCGAUCUGCUAGAUGGGUAACACCCCCUGAAGCGGCAUGGCGUUUAUUUGGUUUUCUUAUUAAUGAAAUGACUCCGAGUGUUUAUCAUCUUCAAUUACAUUUAGAAGGGCAACAAUUUGUUUCCUUUAAAAGUAGUGAAAUUGUUAAUAGAAUUCUAAAUAAUCCGAUGAUUAGAAAAACAAUGUUGACAGAAUUUUUUGUUAUGAAUGCAACUGAUGAACAUGCUAUAGCUAUGCAAUUACUGUAUAAGGAAUUCCCAGAACAUUUUGUAUGGUCUCCAGGAUAUAGAACGUGGACGUCGCAAAAAAUGUAACAUAAUCAGACGUGUUGUAACAUGUCAUCCAACAGAAGGAGAGAGGUAUUAUCUCAGGUUAUUAUUGAUGAAUGUGAGAGGACCUAAAUCAUAUGAAGAUCUUCGCACCGUUAACGAGGUACCCUGUGGUACAUUUAGAGAAUCAACAGAAAAAAGAGAAUUAUUAUACUGUAACAACAGUUUAAUUGAAUGUAUGUCGGAGGCUGUAAGCUAUCAAAUGCCAUAUAGCUUGAGACGUUUAUUUGCGACAUUGUUAGUAUAUUGCAAUCCUUCUAAUCCAAAAAUAUUAUGGUAAAUGUUUGAAGAUUCAAUGUCCGAAAACUUUAAACAUUUCUCUGUUUUUCAAGGAAAAACCGUUCGGCACAAGGUUUUAAGCCAUAUCAAUGAUAUCUUAUACUCUAUGGGACACGACAUAAAUGAGUAUAAGCUUAUCCCAGAGAAUAUUAGACCUUCUGAAAUUGCAAAGGAUGCAAAGGAUGUUCAUUUUGAAAGAAAUAUUAUUGUUAGUGAAAAAGACUUGCUCUUACCGAAGAGAUUGAAUGUUCAACAAUUACAUGCAUAUAAUACAAUAAUUAAUAGAGUAUUUUCUGGAAAACAAGGAGCUUUUUUCAUCGAUGGUCCUGGAGUAACAGGUAAAACAUUUUUGUACCGUGCAUUAUUGGCAACUAUCUGGUUCCAAGGAUUUAUAGCUUUAGCAACUGCAACUUCUGGUGUAGCAGCUUCUAUCCUUCCAGGAGGACGGACUGCUCACUCCCGGUUCGAAAUGCCUAUUGAUAUAGAUGAUAAUUUUUGCUGCAACAUUAGUAAACAAAGUUCCGUCGCACGUUUAAUUAGAGAUGCAAAAUUAAUUGUACGGGAUGAGGCAUCAAUGGCAAAAAAGAAUAUGAUUGAAGCUCUUGAUGCAGUUCUAAGAGAUAUUAUGAACGUCGAUACAAUGUUCGGUGGUAAAGUUGUUGUAUUUGGAGGUGACUUUAGACAAACUCUACCAGUUGUUCGAAAUGGGAAAAAAGAAGAUUUUAUUCACGAAAGCUUAUUGUAUUCUGAAAUUUGGAAUAAACUUGAAAAAUUAUGCUUAUCUGAAAAUAUGCGCGCAAGAAUAGAUCCUUCUUUUUGUGAAUAUUUACUCUGAAUUGGAAAUGGAACAGAAAUAACUAUCUGUGAAGAAAAAAUAGAGAUUCUUGAUUCCUUUGUUAUUCCUUUUACGACCGAAGAAGAAUUCUUAGAUGCAUUGUUUAGUGUAACAUAUCCUGAUUUGCAUGCAUUUUUUCCUGAUUCAUCUAUGAUAGCAUCUCGUGUUAUUUUAACAACGAAGAAUGACUUUGUCAACGAACUAAAUAAUAUGUUAAUCACUAAAUUCCCAGAAAUGUCUAAAACAUUUGUUGCAGUAGAUGAAACUAUUGAACCGAGUGAUCAAAGUCAGUUUGAAGAUUUUCUACAUAGUUUAGAUCCUCCCGGUUUACCGCCUUAUAAGUUAACUUUAAAGGAAAAUUGUCUAGUUAUAUUAUUACGAAAUCUGAAUCCUUGCAAAGGUUUAUGCAACGGCACACGGUUGACAUGCUGUCACUUUAAAACACAUGUUAUAAGUGCUAAAAUUGAAAGUGGUGAUUUAAAAAAUACAUAUAUAUUUAUUCCGAGAAUACCAUUGCUAACAUCACAAGAUGAAAAAAUACCUGUUCAAUUUAAGAGAACACAAUUUCCCCUACGAAUGUGCUUUGCUAUGACCAUAAACAAAGCUCAAGGUCAAACAUUAGAUUUUGUUGGAAUUUACUUA